AUGACGAUUUCUGAUAAGGACAAUACCCUUCACUUAUUCGAAACUCUAUUCCAAAAUCGAAAUGAAAAUCCAAUCCUGUGUUGGUGCAAAAACGAAUUAUAUGGAGGAUUUGCCUACAAGUGUGCUGAUGCCUACUAUAACUUUUUAGUAAGAUUCAAAUAUAUAGGAACUCCUUGGUGGUUCAUGUUCUUUUUCACAUGCUACUUGAUUACAAUGACAAUUUACAAUACAAUUCCACUCGUACAUGCAAAGAAUGCUUCUAUUAAGAAGAAGAUUGAACAGAGGAAAUCCAGAGAGGCCAACACUAUAAGAAUGUAUCUAACUAUUUAUCUGGAAGAAUUAUUUCUCACCGAUUUGAGACCUUCCAUUUUACUAUUAAUUUAUAUGGAAAGUUCAUUUUUCUUUAUUGAAAAUAUGAUUUGUUUCUUGUGGAAUUAUUCAUUCAUGCAUGGUAGCUUGAAGAAUAUUCAAUUGUGGGGCUGCUUUAGAGCUUUGGCAAUCUACGCUCUUGGAUAUGGAUUCUCUACAUUGAUGGUUCAAUGGAGUCAUAUUGUUGAUCUAAUCAAAUCAAAUCAGAGUAAGAAGAAAUUGUCCAAGUAUAAUCUCAUUCUGCUCAUUUCCAUUUAUAUUUUCAAUGCAUUUCUGAUAAUAAUUGCCAUAGUCUUGUGUUCAAUUCUCAAGACGAGCGUUUACUUAUUUGCUUUAGCUGCUGUUGCCAUGAUAUUGGUUCCAACAAUUUUGAUAGUUUCCUUCACAACAUAUGGAAUUGUAAUUUAUAGACGAUUGAAAAGUUACAAGAAUGUGAAUAUUUCACAAAUGAGAUUUUUCAAGUUUAUUCUCGUAUUUAACACUGCCUUAUUCUUUGGAUUUGUAUUGGCCAUUAUUUUCGUGCCAACCUUUAUUUCUACAUGGGAUAUUUUUGGAAUGUUUGUUGGUGUAUUCAAGAAUUUCGCCAUUGAUUCGGCAGGAUUAUUGGCGACCUACAUAAUUACCUAUAUUCUGAUCAAUGAGAAUGAAUUCACCAAAUGUUAUGGAAUUAAGGCGUCUCGUAUUCUCAUUUGUUCAAACCUUCCUGAAUCCAAUCCUUCAGUAGUUUCGUCUGCCUUACCUUCUCCUUCUUCUGCCAGAGAUAGAGCUCUCUCAUCAACCUCAACAGCCAAUAAUCCAUCACUGGUAAAACCAGUUUCAACAAAUCAAUUGGACAAUGAUGAUGAACUGAAGAGAAGCAAUACUGUGAGUUCCCUACAGACAACAACCACUGCAACCUCCUCAUCACCAAUGGUCACAACACCAACUGUCUACAUUUUGGACGAUUCAAAGAAUAAUAUUUGA